CCAGAGCCGCCGCUUACCAUCGCGAUAGCCGCCACCUCGGUGCGGGAUGGCCGCGGAGCCGGGUGGGAGAGCUCCGAGGCUCCGGGAGCCGGCUCUCGGGGCCGAGACAUGGCCCGGGGCCCCGGACAGCUAAGCGGGCCUCACUCGGACACUGUCGCCAUGCCCAAGAGAGGAAAGCGGCUCAAGUUCCGGGCCCACGACGCCUGCUCGGGCCGAGUGACCGUGGCGGAUUAUGCCAACUCGGAUCCGGCGGUGGUGAGGUCUGGACGGGUCAAGAAAGCCGUGGCCAACGCUGUCCAGCAGGAAGUAAAAUCUCUUUGUGGCUUGGAAGCCUCCCAGGUUCCUGCAGAGGAGGCUCUUUCUGGGGUGGGUGAGCCGUGUGACGUCAUGGACAGCAGUGAUGAGAUGGAUGCUCAGGAGGAAAGCACUCAUGAAAGAUCAGUCUCUAGAAAAAAGAAAAGCAAAAGACACAAAGAGGAUCUGGAUGGGGCAGGAGAAGAGUACCCUAUGGACAUUUGGCUGUUGCUGGCGUCCUAUAUCCGUCCUGAGGACAUUGUGAACUUUGCCCUGAUUUGUAAGAAUGCUUGGACUGUCACUUGCACUGCUGCCUUUUGGACCCGGCUGUACCGCAGGCACUACACGCUGGAUGCUUCUCUGCCUUUGCGGCUUCGACCAGAGUCCAUGGAGAAGCUGCGCUGUCUCCGGGCAUGUGUGAUCCGAUCUCUGUACCAUAUGUACGAACCAUUUGCUGCUCGAAUCUCCAAGAAUCCAGCCAUUCCAGAAAGCACUCCCAGCACACUAAAGAAUUCCAAAUGCUUACUUUUCUGGUGCAGAAAGAUUGUUGGGAACAGACAAGAACCAAUGUGGGAGUUCAACUUCAAGUUCAAAAAACAGCCUCCUAGAUUAAAGAGCAAGUGUAUGGAGCGGUUGCAGCCCCCCAUUCAGUAUGAGGAUGUCCACACCAACCCCGACCAGGACUGCUGCCUCUUGCAAGUCACCACCCUCAAUUUCAUCUUUGUCCCUAUUGUCAUGGGGAUGAUAUUCACCUUGUUUACUAUUAAUGUGAGUACGGACAUGCGGCAUCAUCGUGUGAGAUUGGUGUUUCAAGAUUCUCCUGUCCGUGGUGGUCAGCAUCUGCGCAGUGAACAGGGUGUGCAAGUCGUCCUGGACCCAGUGCACAGUGUUCGACUCUUUGACUGGUGGCAUCCGCAGUACCCAUUCUCCCUGAGGGCGUAGCUACUGCUGCCUAUCCUUUGGGACGGCUUCCAGUCUAGUCUGUUAGUAAUCAGGUUCUGUUUGGAGGGCAGCUGGGUCGUAUACCUGAUUAGUGAUGCACAUUCUGUUUGGGUUCCUGGGGCUCCAAUUACAGGAGGUGGAAAGGUUGAAUCAAGAGGAAAAACAAGUAUGAUUUAUAAACAUUUUAAUGUAAAGUUUGCAUAUUUCAAAGGAGAAACCUGGCCUCAUUUUCUGUCUUAAACCCAACUGGUGCUGUUGAGUUUGUUCUUUAUUCUUUUAUCUCAACAAAGAUGGGUGAUCUUGCACCAGGGAAAAGAUUAGACUCUUAGUUUUCAAGCAAGGAAGUUUUCCCUUGUGCAUCAGAGGAACCCAGGGUUUAAAUGUUUGCUCCAUCGUUGCUGCUCCUCAAAUUCAAGUGAAUAUUUUUUUUUUCCCUUUUCCCUUUACUCUUCUCCAGAAAUAAAGCAGGUGACAGGGUUGUCAGAAUCGUAUAAGAUUGACUUGUGCAUCUUUAAAAAAUGUUUUUUUGGGUAUUUAUUUCAUGAAUAUUGAUGGUCUUGCUGAUUGUGUAUUUUGGGUUUUUGUUUUUUUGCAUGAGGCUGAUAGUGAUGAUAAUGAUUGUGUGCCCCGGUACUGUUCUUAACAUGUUGUGUCUCUCACCCUUGUGUCUUCCAAGGUAGUUGAAUUCCCAUUUUAUGGUUGAGAAGUUGAAUCAUUGACUUACCCAAGGCCAGAAACUGCUGGCCCAUGCAGAGUGAGGAUUCUGACCCAUGUCUUUUUUUGCUAUACCAUAACUUCAAAGGCCAGUCAUUUUUCUUGUGGUACAUAGUAGUAAAAAGGAGUAGGCAGAAUGUGAAAAAUAAAGAAGAAAAUAAGUUAGUUUGAGUAUUUCACAUAGACAUGUAUUAACUGAAAGGUAAAAACAGUUGAGGAAGAAUUGUAUGUGCAUUAAAUUGUUAGGAAGCCUUUAUUAUGCUAAAGGUCAUUUUCAAAAAAAUGCACUGCAUGUUGAAACCAGCCUUAAACUCGAAGCAAUUAGUGCUUUUCUCUGCCCUGUUCUGUCCUUUGCAACCUUUGUUUUUCUUUUUAAAAUCAUCCUGUCUGGUUUAAGGAGCCUGGUCUUCUGUCCAUACAGAAAAGUUUGGUCAAAUUUCUUGCUGUCACUGGCAUGCUCUGAGAAGAGGAUCACUGGUGGGAUUUUGUUUAUUCUUUUGCUAAGAAGAACACCUUGUUUUUUUUUUUUUUUUCCCCUCCUGAGUGUGGCAGGAGGUAGGCAGUAAGACAGUAAAUAUUCUUAUACUCCAGAUCUGGAGUUCAACUCCUAGCUCUGCAGUCUAGCCUCCCUGCCUCUAAAAGAGUCAUUUUAAGACAGGGUCUUGCUAUGUAGCCCAGGCUGGCCUUGACCUUAAUCCUCUUUAGCCACCUGGAGUGUAAGGAUUAUAGGUAUGAAUCACUAGACAGGACAGAGACAGUAUUCCUUAAACAACAACAACAACAAAAGUAUUGUGGUUUUUAUCACUCUGCACCCAAUGCUAUUUAAGGAACAUUCUUAAGAAGCAUCUGUUUAAUACUGCUGCUGACAGCCUUACCCCACACUGAGGGGAAUAUUAAUGUUGGUUGAACAGAAAGUGAGCCUGGGUCAGUCAAAGAAACAAACAAACAAACAA